GAUAAAGCGUGUGUGAGAGACCGUGAGAGUGUGCAGUGACUCGAGCGCAGUGGAUCUGUCAGGAUGGGAGCUCGUAUCAGACGUUACUCAGAAGUCAUGGCUCUGCCGGACUCCUUCAUUCAGAAGCAGCAGUUGGACGCAUCGAUGGCUGACACGUUUCUGGAGCAUCUUUGUCUGCUGGACAUCGAUCAGGAGCCAAUCACUGCGCGCAACACCAGCAUCAUCUGCACCAUCGGCCCCGCCUCCUGCUCCGUUAACAAACUGCAGGAGAUGGUGAAGGCUGGAAUGAACAUCGCCAGACUGAACUUCUCUCACGGCUCUCAUGAGUAUCAUGGAGAGACGAUCCGUAACAUCCGUGAGGCGGUGGAGACGCUGACCUCUGACCCGCUGUACUACAGGCCUGUGGCCAUCGCUCUGGACACCAAAGGACCGGAGAUCCGCACCGGCCUGGUUAAAGGGUCUGCAGACGCUGAGGUGAUGCUGGAGCGAGGAGCGUUGGUUCGGGUGGUGACGGCAGAGGCGGAUCGUGAUAAGACGGACGGGUCGGUGAUCUGGAUGGAUUAUCCCAGCCUGCCCCGUGUGCUCAAGAAAGGAAGCAGGGUAUUCAUUGAUGACGGGCUCCUCGCUCUCAAAGUCCUGGAGAUUGGUGAGGCGUGGGUGGAGACUCGUGUUGAGAACGGUGGCAUUCUGGGUAGUCGUAAAGGAGUGAAUCUGCCGGGGGCGGAGCUGGUGAACCUGCCGGCGGUGAGCGACCGCGACCGAUCUGACCUGCUGUUCGGUGUGGAGCAGGACGUGGACAUCAUCUUCGCCUCCUUCAUCCGCUCGGCAGAGGACGUGAGGGCCGUGAGGGAGGCGCUGGGAGCCAAAGGACAGAAUAUCAAAAUCAUCAGCAAAGUGGAGAGCAGACAGGGUGUUCAGAAUUUCCAAGAACAGGUGUUUCUGACAGCUGAUGUUGAGUGUGUUGCAGCGCUGCAUCGACACACACACACACGACCUGAUUCAGUGUGUGUGUGUGUGUGUGUGUGUGUGUGUGUUCAGAUGCUGGAGAGUAUGGUCCAUCACACACGUCCCACCCGUGCAGAGAGCAGCGAUGUGGCCAAUGCGGUGCUGGACGGAGCCGACUGCGUCAUGCUGUCUGCAGAAACGGCCAAAGGACACUUCCCUGUAGAAGCUGUUGCCAUGAUGCACUCGAUCUGUCGUGAGGCCGAGGCGGCCAUCUUUCAUCAGCAGCUGUUUGAAGAGCUGCGCCGUUUGACCCCGCUGAGCUCCGACCCCACAGAGGUCACGGCCAUCGGAGCUGUCGAGUCGUCCUUCAAAUGCUGCGCUGGAGCCAUCAUCAUCCUCACCACCUCCGGCAGGUCGGCUCAUUUAUUAUCUCGAUAUCGUCCUCGCUGUCCGAUCAUCGCAGUGACGCGUAACGUUCAGGUGGCCCGUCAAUCACAGCUGCUCCGUGGCGUUUUCCCUGCCCUCUUCCGAGCUCCGCCUGCUGACAUCUGGGCCGACGAUGUGGACAACCGCGUGACGUUUGCGAUGGACAUUGGUAAAGCGCGGGGUUUCUUCACAGCGGGUGAUAUGGUGAUCAUCGUCACCGGCUGGAGUCCUGGAUCUGGACACACCAACAUCAUGAGGGCGGUCACUGUGCCCUGAACCACAGCCUCUGAUUCGCCAGAGUCACUGAUUGACAGUUCUGUGCUAAUUAGCUGUCAUUAUGUGUGUCAGUGUUGAUUUCUGCUUCACUUACACCCUUCGUUUGUGAAUCAUCUCUAUAGAAAUAAAUGAAUGAAAUAAGC